AUCAUUCUUCAUGAACAAUUUUCUGUUACUCUUUCGUGGAAGUUAGUUACACUUCGACUUAUAUAAAAAUUCUUAAAAAAGAUGAAGUUCUAUAUGAGUUUUCUCUUAAUUGUUGGACUUUUGGUCGUCACUAUCAAUGGUCAACCACCCUGUCGAAAUCAUUUAAGUUUUUGUUUAAACACUCGAGAAUGCUGUCCUCCUCUUGAAUGCAGCUUCCGGGAUAACAAAUGCUUGUAUCCAGGGUCUUGCCGAACGUGGGGACAAUAUUGUACUAGUGAUGUAAGUUGCUGUGCUGGUCAUCGUUGUCAUCCAGUUCAGCAAAAAUGUGUCAGAACCGAAGAACUUUGUUCACAAUUCAACCAAAUUUGCAACGCCUUUCAACAAUGCUGUUGGGGUACAAGAUGCAUUAACGGUCGAUGUGGGCGUUAAUCUAGUGGAUACAUAAUAACAAAAAAAAAUUGUAAAUUCAAAAAUUACAAAACUAUUAAAAACUAUUUAAAUAAAGGAAUUUUUUUCAAAAA